CAGCCACCUGCACAUCGCGCCGCACUCCAGACAGGUAUCAACUUUGGCUAUUAUGUAUUUCUUUCCAUGGACAGGAGGUUGACUCGGUGACCCAAACUCAACAGCGCGUACCUCGCAAACCUUCCAACCUCACAACAACAGCCCUCCAUGGUGUCCUCGUCCUAUAACCCGGCGUGCUAUCUGCCUCAAUCAUGGGCCUCCUACCUCCCCAAUGCCAUCUCCUGCCCUCCGCCGCCUUCAUACGCCCAGACCCUCUAUAGCUAUGCGAUCUCCCCCUUCUCGUCAACAUACACCACCUUGCGCACCAUGAUGGACGCACUCAUUGGGCUGCCGAUGCUUUCUUUCCUCCUUAUACCAACAAUGUCCUCGUACUCCACCUCCCUCAAUCUCUUAUUCUUCUACUUGACCUGGUCGACCCUGGUCCUCUCACACCCUCCGCUUCAAGUGGAGAUUGUCGCGACUCUGGCAGUGCGAGUGUUGUUCUACAUCGCCCCUUCAAUACUCUUUCUGGGCUUUGAUAUGCUCGUUCCUUCGGCGGCCGAAAAUCUCAAGGCACUGGGUGACUCUGCGUUGCCAUUCAAGAACGCCAACCGGAAAAGGGCACUGGCCCUGUUACGCAUGCUGGGCUGGUCAAUAUUCAACAUCCUCCUGGCGGUCUUAAUUCAAGCACUGGUGGAACUCCUCUUCACACGCGUCCUUUUAUGGCGCUCUGCACUUCGCGUGACCACAGCACUACCCUUGCCAUGGGGUAUCCUCAAGGAUCUCGCACGGGGUUAUCUCCUCCGCGAGCUAAUAGCAUAUGUCUUGCACAGAUAUAUGCUGCACGACUGGCACCAUACCAUCUCCCUGAGUCGGGCGCACAGAGAUUGGUACCAUGCCCUCGCCGGCAUAUCCACGCCUUUUCCGCUCAGCGCCACUUAUGACCAUCCAGCCGCCUAUCUCCUCCGCUCCUUCUUGCCGACCUACAUUCCUGCGGUGCUCUUCCGAUUCCACCUCUUGACCUAUAUCUUCUACCUCAUCCUCAUUUCGCUGGAGGAGACAUUCGCAUACAGUGGAUACUCCACAAUGCCCACAAACUUCAUUCUCGGAGGAAUAGCACGGCGGACUGACAAUCACUUACUAUGCGGUGGUGAGGGUAACUUCGGUCCCUGGGGGCUGUGCGACUGGGUUAUGGGUACAUCUGUCGGGGCCGAUAUCAUUGAUGAUGUGGUCGCGGAAGCAGAUAAGCAUGAUGUGCCGGAAAAGAUGGAGAGGAUGAAGGAUAGAGCGAAGAAGAGAGUCAAUGGGAAGAUCAAUGACGCGAAGGGGGGCGUGCGUAGGAGGACAAGGAAUCGAAGCGAGGACUGAAGGGGACGUCAGUGGUCAUUUAAGGGUGAAUGAUACUUCGCACCAGUUGUCAUUAGAUGUUUGGGGGCUCUCUUUUCGGUCGAUUUGGUGGGAGGAAUUGAUCUGUUAGCAAGCGCUUUCAAUGUAGCAAUCGUGGGUCAUGAUAUCACUGCUGCAAAUGAUUUGUGUAGACGGAUGAGGAGACUUGGGUUUUACGGGACUCCAGGAUAGAGCGGAUCAAGCUUGGGUUUCGACCAAUCCAUUACUUGCAGUUGAUGCUUGACACAUUUCUCUGUUAUUGGGUCUCUUGGGGCGCAAUAAUGAAAAUGGC